UUACUUCUGGCUAUAUAUCUAAAAUCUAGGGUUUAUUUGACUUCAGUUUUCCGAGCCACUCACCAGAAACCCUAGCGAGGUAGUAACGAUCAGAGAAAUGGGUGAGGAGGUUAAGGGCAGUGUGAUAGUUCCAGAGUCGGUUUUAAAGAAGCAGAAGAGGGCUGACGAAUGGGCCCUUGUGAAGUCUAAAGAGGUGGAAGUUGCAAAGAAGAAGAAAGUUGAGACCCGAAAGUUGAUAUGUCAAAAAGCAAGACAGUAUGCAAAGGAGUAUGAGGAACAGGAGAAGGAGUUGAUCCGUUUGAAGCGUGAAGCUAGAUUGAAGGGUGGCUUUUAUGUUAAUCCAGAAGCAAAACUUUUGUUCAUUAUCAGAAUCCGUGGAAUUAAUGCCAUGCAUCCGAGGACCAAGAAAAUUCUGCAGCUUCUGAGAUUGCGGCAGAUCUUUAACGGGGUCUUUUUGAAAGUUAACAAAGCUACAAUGAACAUGCUUCACAGAGUUGAGCCUUAUGUUACAUAUGGGUACCCCAACCUUAAAAGUGUGAGAGAGUUGAUUUACAAGCGUGGUUAUGGGAAAGUAGACAAGCAGAGAAUUGCUUUGACUGACAAUUCCAUCAUCGAGCAGGUGUUAGGUAAGCAUGGAAUAAUUUGCAUGGAAGAUCUAAUUCACGAGAUCAUGACCGUGGGGCCCCAUUUCAAGGAAGCGAACAACUUCUUAUGGCCAUUCCAACUGAAAGCACCUUUGGGUGGAUUGAAGAAGAAGAGGAAUCAUUACGUCGAAGGUGGUGAUGCUGGUAACCGUGAGGAUUACAUCAAUGAGCUCAUUAGGAGGAUGAACUAAGCUUCACACCAGUUUUGUUUUGCUUAAAGUGAGUUACUGUUGAAUUUUUCAGACGACUUGGAGAAUUAGAACUCAGUUCUAUGGUUGGUUUUGUAGUGUUAUUUCUUUCUCGAUUCAUGGGUUGUACACCUUGGACACUGAUCCUAUUCUGCAACAAUGUUGAAAAUAUUCAGAGCGUUUUUAGUCUUAGUUC